AAACUCCAUUUUAUUAUUUCACAAAAUGAGAACCUGUCACCAGAUGGAGAAUUCCGACGUCUCUGAUCCCAUGCUCCUCAAUGCUUCAGAUCCAGCUCUCCCUGCUAUGGAUCCCCACGCCGCGCUCUUCCUGGUCCUCGGCUACCUCCGCCUGCCGGACCUGCUGGCCUUCCAGAGCGUCUGCAGGUUGUUCCGCGAAGCCAUCGCUGGUGACCGCUUACUGUGGAUGCGCAUCACCGUUGAGCCGCCGCUCAGUGGGAGACUCACGGACGAUGCUCUUUUGGAGCUCACCUCCAGGGCUGGUGGCGCCCUCAAGUCCUUGGCCCUCUUGGAUUGCUGGAAAAUCACUGAUGCUGGUCUCCUUCAGGUCAUCGAUCGGAACCCCACCAUCUCUGAGCUUUUCAUACCUGGCUGCACAUAUUUGACUGCGGAUGGUGUGGUCAGCGUAGUACAACGGCUUAGUGAGCGAAAGGGCAAACUUAAACGUCUCCGUCUCCGAGGUCUUUGUAACAUAUCAAGAGAUCAUCUUGACAGUCUAAACUAUUAUCUUGGCAUAAAUGAUCAUCCACAAUGUUCAAAGCCAUCAGUCUAUAAUCACUGGAUGUCUCUCCCACUUAAUGACAACGAUGACCGCCCAAUUGAUAUGGAUAUCUGUCCCAAGUGUAAUAAUGCAGGGUUGGUCUUUGAUUGCACAAGAGAGAAUUGCAGGUCGAUGAAGUACCGAUGGUCCGUAUGCAGAGGAUGCUUCUUCUGCAUUGCAAGGUGUCAAGAGUGCGGAGGUUGCAUCGAUUUUGAAGAACUUGGAGAGGAAACAAUCUGUGCGCAUCUCUUGUGCAUUGAUUGUUGGCUUCAACUUCCGAAAUGCAGCUUGUGCAACCGUCCAUACUGCAAAGGCCACAUAAAUUUCCGAGGAUCCUCACCGGCAUUGUUUGUAUGUGAUCAAUGUGGAUAUGAUGAAUUCACGACAAAUGAUAUCAUGUAGACAAAAACAGAAAAAAAAAGGGAAAAAAAGUUACUGAGUUUGGCUGUUAGGAUGUUAAAUCUAUGAUGUUAAAAGUUUACGGAGGCAAACCAUGGUUCUGAACCAAGAUUGGUUUGAGGCACUGAAUGUAAAUGUGUUGUAUUUAGUUAUUUGCAAGACCUGUAAAUGUUGUAAAAUAUUCUGAAUAUGGUUUAUGUUUAUGUAAAUGACAACUUAUUUAGUUAUUAAAAUAUCAUACUGCAUUCUAAUUGUGAUGAA